CCACAGGAUGUGAGAGCAGGACUGUUGUAAGGCUGGGUUGGUUUGUUGAUGAAAUGCUCACAUAGGGAUUUAAUGUUCAAGCAGGCCUUCCUGCUGCAUUUAUGUAAUUUGUCUGCAAACUGUUGGUCCCAUCUUUAUCCUGUUAACAUGCUCAACAGUUGCAAUGUUAAGCUCUACCACAGCAAAGCUCUCACCUCCCCGUAUCCAGGAUCACACGUGGAGCGUAGCCACGUUCCUGCAGAUAAAGUGGGCUGGCUGACUGAGUGGAAAGAUUAUAAUCCUGUGGAGUAUACUGCAAAAUCUGUUUUGGCUGGACCCAGUUGGGCAGAUCCCCAAAUCAAUGAUAAAGGGUUUUCUCCCAAAUUCAAUGAGAGAGAUGGAGAAGUGGACAGGAAGAGUCUCAAUGGCACAUACGUGGUUGAAAAUGGGAGGCCCCAAAAUCCGGUGGGAAGGACUGGCCUCACAGGCAGAGGAUUGUUAGGGCGCUGGGGACCAAACCAUGCUGCUGAUCCUGUUGUAACUAGGUGGAAGAGAGAUGGAAGUGGUAAUAAAGUUGCUCAUCCAGUUACUGGCAGAAACAUCUUGCAGUUUGUAGCUAUCAAGAGGAGAGACUGUGGGGAGUGGGCCAUUCCAGGGGGGAUGGUGGACCCAGGGGAGAAGAUUAGCGCUACCCUGAAGCGAGAAUUUGAGGAGGAGGCCUUGAAUUCCUUGCAGAAAUCGCCUGAGGAGAAAGCGGAAUUAGAGAAGCAACUCCACAAGCUGUUCAGCCAGGAACACUUUGUGGUAUACAGAGGAUAUGUGGAUGACCCUCGUAACACUGAUAAUGCCUGGAUGGAGACAGAGGCUGUGAACUAUCAUGAUGAAACUGGUGAGGCAUUGGAUAAUUUGCCCCUGGAAGCAGGUGAUGAUGCUGGAAUGGUCAAGUGGGUUGACAUAACUGAGAAGCUCAAGCUCUAUGCAAGUCAUAGCUACUUCGUUAAGCUUGUGACUGAGAAAUGGGGAGCCCACUGGAGUGAGAAUCCUGGUCCUGAGUGCCAUGAGUGAUGUAAAUGAAGACCCAAUGAACAUCAAAGGGAGAAUACAUUUUCCAGCUCUGAAACAGAUGACGGUGUCCUUUUCAGUGACAGUUCUGCAGAAUUCAUCUGGCUAAAACACUUGGCAAUGAUAAAUAGAGACCUUGAGAUUGCUUCUUUUGAUUUCUUACCUCAUGUGAAAUAAUGUGAAUGUAGAACUGUUACCUUGUUUUGCUUUGUCUUCAUUAUUUGCAACCAUUUCAUAUCAUCUGCCAAUCUGCAUGAGAACACAGGGAGUCUGACUGGUUGUAGUUCAGAGACUCUCCACUUUAGCUCUGUAUUUUUGCACUCAUUUCUUGUCAAGUGUAUGAAUCCAUACAGGAUGAGAGACUUGUGGGAGGAUAGCCUGAAUAAUAACUUGAUUGAAGUGCUACAUAAUAAAAUGACAUUUCUUUUCUGA